ACCUACUACAGUAACAUUGUGCCCACUGCAAUUGACAUAUCGCACCUCGUUCGUUGAACUUAACGUGGCCCACCUGCGCUGGCCGCGAUUCUGACUCGGAACUUGAACCCAUCGGAGGACAAGCCAUGUCGCACCCAGCCGCGAAGCGACCUCGCACUGACCAUGAUGAGGAUGGUCAACAGCCUACCGAAGAAAAGGUCUCCACUGGUAUUCGAGACAAAGAAGCCUGGUUCCCUGACGGCAACAUCGAUAUCGUCGCGGAGGGGAUCGCUUUUCGCGUCCAUCGCACUGUGCUCUCCGCUCAGUCCGAGGUCUUUCGUGUCAUGCUGUCGAUUCCUCAACCAGCCGCUACGGGGGAUGACGGGGAUUUUCCUGUUGUGAAAGUUACGGAUUCCGCAGACGACAUGCGGCACCUGCUGCUUGUUCUCUACUAUCGGGAUGAAUCUUUCAGGCCGCAACAAAAAGCGCGCUUCGGAGUUGUCAGUCGCCUCGUCCGUCUCGCGCACAAGUAUGAAAUCCAGAGCGUGCUGGACGAUGCAAUGGGUCGCAUCAGAGUUUUCUACCCAUCAAACCUGGAAGACUUCUUGAAAGUCCUGAAAGCUCCCCCUUCUAGCCCCACUUUGGAGCACAAAAACACCGACUGCUUCGAGGUUGUCCAGCUCGCACGACUCAUUGGAGAUAAUUCACUCCUACCAGCCGCCUUUUACCGUUGCUGCCAACUCAAGCCAGGCCCCUCCUCGGCAAACAAUCGGACGCGCCUGUCUGAUGAGGACAUGGAACGGUGUAUGGCGGGCAGGGCCUACCUGGCGAAUAUAAGUAUGCUUGUCAAGCGUGCGGUCCUGCAAGACGGUAAAACCGAGGACUGUUUCCAAGACACAUGCGACGACGGCUUGACCAGGAUGACGGAGGGAAUCGAGUCAUUGAUGAUGAUACAGUAUAGUGAUACACGCUGCAACGCGUUGACUUGCAUGGAGAUAGACGAAUAUGAUGAGGUCCUAUGUGGGUGGUGCAUAGCAUCAUAUAAACGCAGAUUACUGGAGGUGCAGAAGGAUAUAUGGAACACACUUCCGGAGAGGUACAUACUCAAUCUCAAGUGAUACCCGGACCAAGAGCACGAAUCCCAUGUUAUCCGAAGAUGUUGUUUGUAUUCUACUGUUUGCCAACGUAGACCAGAGAGAAUACAUCACUCUCAAGUCCGACCGCUAUGUAGAAAGAAAUUGUAUUGCAGCCUCUCAAAAU